GAAACUGCAUUUUACUGAGAAAAAUGGUUUUGCUACAAAUACAUAAUAAAUUGUUUUAACUUCCAAAAAACAGUUAAUUUCUCAUCAAAACUUCUAGUAUUCAGCAUGUUCUGCAAAGUAAAACAAGUAACAGAGACACAGUGUAAGAACUACACACAGACAGACAAUAUAUUCACAUGUGCAAGUCCUCCUUACAUCCACACAGUCCGGAGGAUACAGGGCUCCGAAAAGAAGAAGUGGUUGCCAUAUGCACCCCCAUUCCCCCCUUAAAUAUAGACCCCCCCCCAUUCACCCUCCCCAUCCCACCCCCAACACCGUGACCUGUAAAGAUCAGGUGCAUUAAAGUGACUUAUCUGGAUAACUACCACCAUCCUCCAGGUUAUAGUACAUUGUAUGCACUGCUCCGUAAAAGUGGGAACGAAAGCUUUGGAUUUACAUUUGGUCACGGACCUGUCAAAUCUACAAGUAGCAAUAAAAGGGUUAAAACAAAAAAAUACGACUAGUGCAGUCCCCUAGUUACUUUCACAAAAAUGAUCGGCAUGUACCCCGGUAUCGAGACCUGAACCCCCAUACACACCUUGAGUUCUAUACAGCAGGGUGACAACCAACACGGCUGCUGUUACACUGGACCCAAGGGUAGUCAGCCAGACCCACGAUACAGAAAAGAAUUACCAUGUUCCAGGAGGGGGCAUUUUAGGAUAUUUCUCAGAAAGGUCCGACCGUGGUCCCCUCCCAGGACUCUAGUCAUGCAGAGACUUUGAAGCUGGUUGUCAGGAAAAGAUAUGAGAAUAGAGGCAGGAUCUGCUCCCCAGAAACAGCGCCACUCUUGGGCUGUGUUUGGUAUUGCACCUCAGAUCCUAUUCAAGUGUAAGAGACAGGGCUGCAAUACCGGUCACAGCCCACGGACAGAGGGGCGCUGUUUCUGAGUUUACAGCAGCUAAAUAUAAUUGUAAAGAACAGAGGAGGAUAAAUCAAGGGCUUAGAAUUGAUAUUUUUAUUAAAUGCUCUCCAUUGACUUACCCUAUGUGUCCGCCGUUUGUGAAUGUAACCAGUGAAUCAUCUUAGUGGUCCCUUACAACCUUUGGCUAACCAGCAAUUUAAAUUAAGCCUCCUUCCAACCGUCCUAAAGUAAAUUUUUUCCCCCCUACAAUUUCAUUACAGUAAAAGAAAUGACCACGGACAGAUCAAGAACAGUAAAAGACCCACGGCAAUGAGAAUACGACAGGCUUGCAUUGUUUGGUUGAGGUUGGGGCAGACAUGUAUGAAGUGCAAGGAAGGUGCCGCCGUCCUCAUCAUACGUGUGGGAGAUGCGUUCUGCAAAUCCUGUUUCAAAGACUAUUUCGUACACAAAUUCCGAGCCAUGCUGGGGAAAAAUCGAGUCUUGUAUCCAGGCGAGAAGGUUCUUCUGACUUAUUCUGGUGGACCUUCCUCAAGUGCCAUGAUCCAGCAAGUCCAAGAGGGUUUGAGUCGGGAUGCCCCUAAAAAGUUGCGCUUCAUUCCUGGUAUCCUGUUCAUUGACGAAGGUGCAGUGUGUGGUCAGAGUUGGGAGCAGAGGGAACAGAAUGUUUCCGAAAUACAGCGGCUUUUACAGACAACCAGUUUUCCCUUCCAUAUUGUGCCCUUGGAGCAGGUUUUCUCUCUCCCACAAUCUGUUCUUCAGUCGGCUCCUCCAGGGAACCCUAAGCAUGCAGAGAAUUACAAGCAGGCAGUGAACAGUUUUCUGGGACAGCAGAGGGCACACGGAGCGGAUGAGCUAUUGGGCACUGCCGAUGAGCUGGCACAGCUUCGUCUUACUGACCAUAAACUCGGCAAUAAUUUGGCUAAUGGCAGCUCAUACAGCCGCCCUCCUUCGGAGCUCACCUCUGCACUGAUGGAGAGCUUUAGCUCUGCCAGGACUCUAACAGCCAAACUGGAGCUCCUGCUAUCCCUCCGGAAUCACCUAAUCCUACAUGUGGCGCGGACUUGUGGAUACUCUAAGGUUAUGAGCGGUGAAAGCUGCACACGUCUGGCGGUUCGUCUGCUUUCUAACAUAUCGUUAGGACGUGGGGCAUUCCUCCCGCUGGACACAGGUUUCUCUGAUGAUCGCUAUGGAAAUGUUGUCAUUGUCCGGCCCAUGCGGGAGUAUUCAUUGAAAGAAAUUUCCUUCUAUAACCGGCUUUUCAAUGUACAGUGUGUCUUCAUCCCCACAAUGGAAACUAAGGCUCCUGAUAACAGCAGCAUCCAGCACCUCUCUGAAUCUUUUAUCACCAAGCUGCAGGCAGACUUCCCCUCCACAGUCAGCACGAUGUACCGAACCAGUGAGAAGCUAAAUAUUUCCAGAAAGGAAACUGCAGAAGAAAACGUCCAGCAAGAACGAUGUCUGAUCUGCAUGUGCACUUUGGACACGCGUGUCGGUGAAUCCUCUGCCUUCCGUGCCACACAAGUAUCUCAGAAUUUCUCACAGAAGAGGCUAAAGAACAAUGCAGACCCCGAGAAGCAAUGCUGCAGUAGUGGACAGUGCUGUGAAAGUGCAGCCUCUUGUUCCAGCAGUGUUCCCCAGACACAAGACGUCAUGCCUUUGUUGUGCUACAGCUGCAGAGGGACCGUCCGGGAUGUGACAUCAGUGAGCACCUUCCCUCCUUACAUCCUGCAGGAAGCCGAGCACAGGAGCCGCAGGGUGGAGAUGAGGAGAGAGAUACAGGAAUAUCUGCUGGAUGAAGGCUGUGAGGACAUGUGAGAGGAUCUGCCCUGCUCCUGAAUCAUCACCAGACCAUCUGCACGAGGCAGCACAGGCCAGCAUGGCAUUUCUGUUUUUAACCAUUUUAUUUUUAAUUGGACAUUUAUUUAUAAGGAAACUUUUAUCUUAUUCUGUGAUACUAGAAAAUAAAAUUUCACAUAAAAAUCA